UGGAAAUGAAAAUAACCGGUAGGUGAGGUGAGAAGUGAGAAGAAGAAAGGGUUGUGACUGUGACCGUGACUGUGAGGGAGCGGAGGAGGGUGGCAGAGAGAGAAUGGAGGGUCAUCAGAAUCAGAUUCAGGGACAACAAGUUCUGGAGAGGCUGAACCAAGCAUUGCAGCAGCAACUAAACCUGGAACAAGUGAAGACGCGCGCUAUCGGUCUCUUCAAAGCCAUCUCUCGUAUCCUUGAAGAUUUCGACGCCUACGCUCGCACCAACACCACCCCCAAAUGGCAAGAUAUUCUCGGUCAGUAUUCCAUGCUCAACCUUGAGCUUUUCAACAUUGUUGAUGAAAUCAAAAAGGUUUCCAAGGCUUUCCUUGUUUAUCCCAAGAAUGUCAAUGCCCAAAACGCCACAAUACUCCCUGUUAUGCUCUCCUCUAAAUUACUCCCUGAAAUUGAGAUCGAUGAUGCCUCUAAGCGAGAUCAAUUGCUCCACAGCAUGCAAAACCUCCCAAUCCCCACUCAAAUUGACAAGUUGAAGGCUAGAAUUGAUAUGAUUGCAGCCGCAUGUGAAGGUGCUGAGAAAGUCUUGGCUGACACUCGUAAAGCCUAUUGCUUUGGAACUCGUCAAGGCCCCUCAUCAAUUGCCCCAACAACUCUUGAUAAGGGUCAGGCUGCCAAAAUUCAAGAAAAAGAAAACCUACUCCGCUCCGCUGUCAAUGUUGGUGAAGGAUUAAGGAUACCUGGAGACCAGAGGCAGAUUACUCCUGCACUUCCAAUGCAUUUGGCCGAUGCACUUACUGUCAAUGAAUCAUCUUUUCCUGAUGGAUCUACUAAUAGUGUGUAUAUCAAGAAUACCCCGCUGCCAUCUAACACCAUGGCUGCCCAGAAUUCUUUGUUACAGGCCUCAGGAUCACAGCUUUUGGGAAGAUCAGCCGCAUCUCCUUCUGCUGCCAUGAACACCACUUCUUUUGACAACAAUGCAACAGCUUCACCACUCCCAUAUGCCAAUUCACCUAGGUCUUCUACAAAUAUGAUGAAUACACCAUCCCCUCAGCAACAUACCCCACAGCAGCAGCAGCAGCAGCAACAGCCAUCAGCACAGCAGCAGCAACGCCAGAAACUGAUGCAGCUACCUCAACAACAGCAACAACAACUUCUUGCUCAGCAGCAGCAGCAACAGUUCAGGCAAUCUGCAAUGCAAGGACUGGGACAGUUACAUGGACAACAUCAGAUGCAAUUUUCUCAACAACUUGGGCAUCAGCAAUUUCAGGGUAGGCAGCUGGCUUCAGGGCAUGUUCAGCACGGCAUUGGUCAAAGCCAACUCAAUCAAGGAAAUCAGAUGACUCGUUUAAAUCAGUUUUCUGGUCCUGCCAACAGUGCAUUAUUCAGUGCUGCUCAAACAACACCUAAUACCCAGAUGAUUCCAAAUAUGUCAGCCACAAUACCUUCACAGUCACUACUUCCACGGAUGCAGUUCGGAUUAUCUGGAAACAACCCUCAGCGAAGUCAUGCUUCUCAAAUGUUGAAUGAUCAAAUGUUUAACAUGGGAGGUGGCAAUCCCAGUGGUAUGAUGCCCAUACAGCAGCAGCAGCAGCAGCAACAUGGUUCACAAGGUGCAUUUGGUGGCAUGGCAUCAAAUGCUCAGAAUCUACAAUCUGGUAUGGUGACACUUCAGAACACACAACAGAAUCAUCCCAAUUUCUCUCAACAAAGGCAGCAAAAUCAACAGUGAUUAUGAGUGGGCAUGGUGAGUUCAGUUUAGAAUGAACUGAAUCAUGUGUUGCCCUUAUGAUGUGCUUUACAAAUACUGAACCAAACAGUUUAAAUAUAGAGUAGUAAAGAAGAACUGAAUUGAAAAGGGAGAAGUUAUUCUGGUUUGCUUCUGUUAGCUGGUUAUUUUUAAGAAAAAAAAAAUAGAUAUGAUUUGACCACA